ACAAAUGGGAUCAACCUGUUGUGCCUGGUCAGGGAUCAGUUUAGCCAGCUCUCCCGUGCGGGGUUUCAGGGCCGCUGAACUGAUCCGGGGUCUGUGAGGGACCCCCCCUCCCCUCCCUCCGGUGUACUCCGACAGCCCGUCAGUCUUUUCCUUCCAGUCCACCUCGGCAGCACCGAGCGGUCCGUCCGUUUCCCACGCCUCCACACCACAACCCUCCAAACCCCCCUGAAUCAGCAAAGGCUGUGAAAUGCGGAAACGGCCACAUUAAAACAGCGUUUGUGGGGAUUAUGCACGUUUCACACCGGACCAGCGAUGUAGGAAUUAAACCAGAGAGGGGCCUCGACUUUUUCCUCUGGAGAAACUGCACAGAGAAGGGGACGUAAACUUUUCGGUGCAGGCGGACGGCGCUCGGUUUUUACGAUGUCAGCGGCACUGAGUGGGAUAAGAGUGGUUUUUAUUACCGUUUUAUAAUCGGUUGGAGCUUUUCCUGUCAAUGCGCUGCAUUUCACGGACUCUUGUCUCGGUGGAAACGAGCUGAAGGAGGAUUUCCACACCUCAGGAAUUUCGACGCCAGAAACUGAAGCGUCCGUGAACGCAGCAGGCAGCUAGCUAGCUCGUUAGCUAGUUAUUGUUUUUUAAACAAAAUAAAAGAUAAACAGCAUCGUUUGCCUUAUCGUCGCCACUGGUUGGGGUGCGUUUGGCACACCGCUAACGUUAGCUAAAGAUUUCCUGAAAGGCUUUCUGGUCUUGUGGAUGUUUUUUUCUUUUUUACAAACUGUAAGUUAGGUCUAACAACUCAACCUGUAACGUUAGCUGGCGGAGCUAGCGUCCAAACAUGCCGCAGCUAAACGGGGGAGACGGAGACGACUUGGGAGCAAACGACGAACUGAUCGCUUUUAAAGACGAAGGGGAGCAGGAGGAGAAGCGGAAUGUGUCCGCGGAGAGGGACCUGGACGACGUCAAGUCCUCCCUGGUCAACGAGUCCGAGACCAACAGCAGCUCGGACUCGGAGGCAGACAGACGAACCAAACCCGACCCAGACUUGGAGAGCAGGGCCAGACACAGUCAGCUGUUUGAAGAAGUGCUGAGGAGGCAGCAGGACGGAGGUCUCUUCCAGCCCAAUCCAUACGUUGGCUAUCCUUUCUUCAUGAUCCCAGACCUGCGGGACCUGUGUAGUCCCUACCUCACCAACGGGGCCCUCACACCAAGUGCCCGGACGUACCUGCCGUUUCAGUGGCCUCUGCUCGACGUCCCUGGAAGAUCAGCUGUCAGAGACUCUGCUACUCCUACACACCUGUCCAACAGUGUGCCGGUAGUGCAGCACCCCCACAUGACCCACCUCCAUCCACUGCUGUCCUACAGCCCAGAGGCCUUCUCCCCUCAGAGGGCCUCACCUGGCUUCCCUCCUGACACAGGUAUGUCGAGGACCCCUCAUGCUGCCUGCUACCCCGUCUCUCCUGGAGGCAUGGCUCAGAUCCCACACGCUCUUGGAUGGCUGCAGGGGCAGCCGAUGUAUCCCAUCGCCGGGGGGUUCACACCUGCUGCUCUGUCAAGUCUGGUGUCCAGUAAUUUCUCCCCACGCCUGGUGCCGACCCCGCAGUCGUCCAUUCCCCACCCGGCCAUCGUCCCCACGGGGGUGAAGCAGGAGCCUGGAUGCAGCAGCCAGCCCAGGAAGCUGAUGUCUGACGCCCAGCAGGAGAAAGAGGAGGAGAAGAAGCCUCACAUCAAGAAACCACUGAACGCCUUCAUGUUGUACAUGAGGGAGGAGAGGCCCAAGGUGGUGGCUCAGUGCAAAGUGAAGGAGAGCGCCACCAUCAACCAGAUACUGGGACAGAGGUGGCACUCUCUGUCCAAGGAGGAACAGGCUAAAUACUACGAACUGGCUCGCCAGGAGAGGCUCCUCCACUCGAAGCUGUACCCCGGCUGGUCGGCCAGAGACAACUACGGUAAAAAGAAGAAGAGAAAGAGGACGAAGAGUGAAACUCAGCUUGAAGCAGCAGAGGAUUUCACCCCGCAGCUGAAGAAACCUCGCACCCCACCUGGACCCGAGGACACGCCCCCCGCACACACCGCACUCAUGCAGCCUCACUCACAGAUUGCACACACGCACGCCCGCCCUCACCUGACACAGCCGCACACUAUCUCCCACCUGACGCACACACACCUGUCCCAGGCCAGCCCCGCCUCCUCCCUGGACUCCCCGGCGACACCCACCACAGCGCUGGCCUCGCCCGCCGCCCCGGCCCCGACGCACACUGAGCACACACACUCGUCCUACAGCCACAGCGGACACACGUCGCCCUACACCGAGCAGCUGCAGCCGCUGUCCCUCACCACCAAACCCCACAGGACCCCCCACCCUCUGAGCCGAAACACCGUCACCCCAGGACCCUCCACGCCGUCCUCCUCCUCCGACACCCCCACCUCCUCCCCCCUUGCGUCUUCUUCCAGGAGCUCUCCCCUUCCUCCCCCUCUCCUGUCUCAGCCCUUCCUCGCCCCGCCUCCUACCUCUUCCCACCAAUCAGCAGCAAGCUCUCACGGUGCCUUAACUCAGUCGCAGCCGUUCUCACUGAAAAGAACCAAUCAGCUGUGAGGAGCUGUGUGCUGCCUUCACUGUGUGAAUCAUUACAACAAAUAAAAAACACAAUGAAAUCACAUAACACACACACUUCAGUGAUUUGUACCAUGUUUCUAAUGCUGUAAAUAAGCCUGUUUUCUAAGCUUUUUUAUAGAUGUAUCACGUUUUAUAUUAGUAUGAACAGGGCAGAUAAUUGGUCAAUAUUUGACUGCAUCUAACAUGAAACGCUGUAUUUUUUUGAAAACUCACUUUUUCUAAUGACUUUUUACAAAUGAUCUUGUUGUAAGUGAAAGCGAGGUGUGGCACAGGGGUUUGUUUCUUUCAAAAUGCUUUUUUUCACUUGGUAGUAAUGAGUGUCUAUUUUCUGGUUCCUCCUCUGUGUUAAUAAAUAUUCACUGAGUUCUGA